AUGAUGAUGGUAUCAGCAACUGUUAUCGAAUAUACUUCGUACAUAAGAAACACCCGGUUUCUAUCUAUCUAUCUAUCAAAGCCUGUACAUUAUCUGUCUAUCUCUGUUCAUUAUCUAUCUAUCUAUCUAUCUAUCUCUGUUCAUUAUCUAUCUAUCUAUCUAUCUAUCUCGUUCUAUUCAGAAUCUAUCUCUGUUCAUUAUCUAUCUAUCUAUCUAUCUAUCUAUCGUUGCAAAGAAUCGAAUGAUGAUGAUGAUGGUAUCAACAGCUUCGUACAUAAGACACACCCGGUUUUUUUCUAUCUAUCUAUCUAUCUAUCUAUCUAUCUAUCUAUCUAUCUAUCUAUCUAUGUCUAUUCAGAAUCUAUCUAUCUAUCUAUCUAUCUAUCUAUCUAUCUAUCUGUCGCAGCCUUUUUAUUAUCUAUUUAUCUAUCUCUCCUCAGCCUUUUCUAUCUAUCUAUCUAUCUAUCUAUCUAUCUAUCUAUCUAUCUAUCUAUCUAUCUAUCUAUCUAUGUACCUCCAUCAGCUAUCUAUCAAUCUAUGCGAAUCUCUUCUUAUCUAUUUAUCUAUGUUAAUCUCAUCUAUCUAUCUAUGCUAAUCUCAUCUAUCUAUCUAUCUAUGUUAAUCUCAUCUAUCUAUCUAUGCUAA